AUGCCGCCGCCCACUAAGGAAGAACUGUGGAGUUCGGGCAAAGACGAAACGGUGGAAGUCAAUCAGAGGGCGUUGAUAGAUAAAAUAUUGGCUCGAUACUCCGGGGAACAUACCAUUUUCCGAGAAUUGCUACAGAAUGCCGAUGAUGCGGGGGCUCAAGAGGUUCAAGUCAAGUUCUACUCACAGCAGGGUCUAGACGCUAUCGACCAUGGUCGAGGUCCAUUACAACCCCCCGACGUCAAGAAGGUACCCAUGGUACGAUAUGUCGUUACAAACGAUGGUAUCCCCUUCCGAGAUCAAGAUUGGCAGAGAUUGAAGAAGAUCGCAGAGGGAAACCCUGACGAGGAGAAGAUCGGAGCCUUCGGGGUCGGCUUCUACUCACUUUGGAGCGUGUGUGACGAUCCUUUUGUGGAAUCUGGCGAAAAAUGGAUGGGCUUUUAUUGGAAAGAUGGCAAAGAUCAACUUCUCGCUCGAUCUGGGAAUCUUCCACCCUCUUCUUCAUCUUCCAUCCCAACAACCCUUAGUGGUAACCCAUGGACGAACUUUACGAUGGCUCUUCGGGAACCUACUCUUCUAGAAGGACCUCUGGAUCUGGCUCGGUUUUUGGUCACAAGUCUCACAUUCAUGCGGACCAUACGGAAGAUUAACAUGCUAGUAGAUGAUAUCAAGGUGUUUGAGGUAGAGAAGAGCGUCAAAGGGCAAAACAGAGUGACCAGGAAAGGAUUGAAAGAGAUCAGUCCUGGGAGUAUGAUGACUGUUCAGAGCGUUGACGCCACUGGAAUGAUAAUCACCGCUCGAGUCAUGAAGUGGCUUUCCGCGACUGGCUUUGUUCCUCCCCCAUUGCCGCCCCCUAUACCCACCUACAGUAAACCCACCAAGGCGUUCGCCUCAAUCUUCUCAUCCACAUUUUUCAACCGAAGUUCUCCCGCACCCACUCCGGCGCCCGAGCCAACGCCUCCUCCCCCUCCAGAAAAUCUGACCGAGAUCACUGAACUACGACGUGAAAUCCAAGUCUAUCAAGCCGAAAUCAAAGUGACGGUAUCACCGACGUUCGCCAAAGAGCUCGAACGAGCAACGAAAAAGCCAGCCCCCGCUCGAAUGCCGGCAAGUCUUGUUUUCAGCCGCGGCGAUGAGGAACCGACGGUGACCGGAGAUAUUGCUAUCAAGAAGGAUGCUGCUGGUAUAUUUGCGGGGUUGUGUCCACCGCUUGAUGGUGAGAAAGGCGCUCGAGUGUUCAUUGGUCAAGCCACUGCACAGACUACUGGUAUUGGUGGCCACCUGGCAGCCCGAUUCAUUCCCACCGUGGAACGAGAAUCUAUCGAUUUGGUCGACAAACACGUAUCUCAUUGGAAUCGUGAACUCCUGAGUAUUGGUGGAUAUCUCAGUCGACUGAUAUACGAGGUGGAAAUGGUAGAGCUACAACAACUCUGGAGCACGACUUCGGUGUCUGACCCCGACACGAGGAAUCAGUUAUUGAAGCGAGGGCUACACGCCCUCAAAUUCUUUACGUUCAAGCCAACCACUCCUUCUUCGGUUGUUGGACAAACGAUGGAGUCGGCUUUCUUCUCAUGUUCCACAGAUAAAGCCACAUUUCCGAUUAUUUCCACAGCCGGCAUAUUACCCAGUAGCUUGGUCCGAAUGCCUGACCCGGAGUUGUUGCAGUUUCUCCCCGAUCUACCUGUCCUGACACCAGCCGCUCUGGAAGAAGCUUCUCGACAGAUUGCGAGGUUGCGCGAAAGGGGUAUGAUCCGGGAAACGACUUUCGAAGACGUCAUCAAGCAGCUUGGCCUACGACCUCUUACUGAGAAGGAGAUGGUCGCAUGUUUGCAAUGGUGGCAAACGAUGGCCGGAGCAGACGGAUACAACACGACAAAUGUUCGGGCUCGAUUACUAGACGCCGCUGUGUUGGUUCAAGAUGACGGCAAAGUUUUGCCUCUGUCCAUUAUCGAGACGUUUGUUAAGCCCCAGAGCUCGUCAAUACCUACCGAUAUGCCUUUACCAACGCAUACUAUACCGUACAACAUCACCAAAGAUCUCAAGGGUAACUUGAUCUAUCCAGUGUUCGGAUGGACCGAACUGACAAUGCUACAAUAUAUCACCUUCCUCAUCAAACCCCCUAUGUCCGCCGCUUCCCAAGCCUCCCCAGAUACAGAUCUACGUGUCUCGCCUGCUUUCGCUGAGAGGGUGUUGAGCAUGCUUGGUCGAUCUUGGUUGUCCAUCAGUGCCAAUCAACAAUCCGCGAUCGCCCUUGAAUUGAAGGAAGUUCCCUGUAUUCCAACCAAAGCGGGCUUCAAGAAACCUCACGAAGCGUACUUCGAGAAGAACCUUCUUUUUGAUGAUCUGCCAACUAUAGCGCUGCCCAAGAAUACGACAAUCAAAGGUGGGUUGGAGAAGAUGUUGUUGGGUAUCGGUGUGAGAAAGACUGUAGACCUUCAACUGGUCUUUUCACGCCUCAUUGGGGGAGGCACCUGGACUUGUGUUGACCUCAUGAAGUAUCUCGUCAGCGUCAAAGACACAUUGACCAAUGAAGAAGUGGCGCGAUUACGCCAGACUGCGGCCUUCCCGAUGGAAGUGGAGACAAUAGAAGGACAAAAACAACAAGUCAUCAGACAAAAACCUCAUCAGCUGUACGAGCCUACGGAUGCUCUUCGAGCACUUGGUCUUCCUCUUUUAGCAUGGGGCGAAGCCAAAUGGAGACCUAGCUCGGACGAAGCGAGAAUGUUGUUUUCUCUUGGACUGAAACGGUUCCCACCCAUUGAUGUCCUCGUGGGUCUUGCAGCUGGUCCAUCACCAAUAAACGAUCGAGCGCUUCAAUACCUUCUCAACAAUUAUAGUACCCAUUACACGCAAUUUGAUCCAUCUGCUUUUGCUACAGUCGCCUUUAUCCCUGCCACAUCUUCGACGGGGAAAUCCUUCCUUGCAAAGCCUGGUGAAGUAUUCAUCAACCCGGCUUGCGGUAUUCUAGGCUUCUCGGUCGCUCACCCUUCGGUGACUUCCCCUGAGAAUGCGGGAAAACUCCGUAUCCCCUCUGAUCCACCAAUGGACCGUCUGGCGCAAGCGCUCAUCUCUAAUCCGCCGACAGAUCACUCGAAAGCUCAAACCAUCUUUGAGUACCUCUCUACUCGACUGGGCCAAUCCGUCCCUGGCGCAACUGAUAGGUUGUCGAGCGCCAAGUUCAUCCCUGUGAAGACCAUCAAAGGUAUUGAGCUCGUUCGUCCUAUAGAUGUCUACUUUGCUUCUACGGAUACCGACAAGAAGCUGUACUCUUCAGCUUUCACCUUUGUGGAUUUUGGAGAGAGGGCGAAUGUCUUUCUUAGAUAUUGUGGUGUAAGAUCGGAGCCAUCUGUCAAAGACAUUGCUAAGUUGCUCAUGUCCCAACCGGAGAAAAUGCUCGCCCAAGCUGGUUCCCCUGACAAGUACUUGGAACAGCUCCGUAUGUUAGCUGCCAAUUGGACAAACUUUGACUUUGCCACAAAGACCGCUAUGAAAGGGUCUGCUUUUGUAUUGGCGUCUCAGCGGGUUCCGGUCAAAAAACAGAGUAAAAAGGUGUUCGGCACGUGGGGUGGGACCGAAGAUGAGUAUGAACGUGAAUGGGUUCUGUGCAAGGCAUCAGACGCCGCCUUGAUCAACGAUAUCACUAUGGUGCAGUAUUUUGGCCGAUAUAUCCUAGCAGCUCCUGAGGAACAACUCUUGGAAACGUUCUACGAACAUCUCGGUGCAAAACCACUGUCGUCAUAUGUCCGGACAGAAUACGUAACCUCUGGUUCAGUGUCACAAUCUACAGAAGAGGCAAAAGCUCUCCGUCGUCAUGUCCUCGAACGGUUGACUAUCUUUCUGGCUGAGGCGAGACGACGUCAUUCCGAAUAUACCAUUGAAGAGUUGAGCAAAGAAGGAAUGUUCCUUGUACAGGAAGUCAGAGAUCUCAAGGUCAAAUAUAUUUACAAGAAUGGUAAACAAGAGCAACAACAUCUCGAAGUACUUUAUGCUACUGCUCAAAGAGGUAGAGGGAAGAGUAUCAUCUUGACCGUCUCCAUGACUGCUCAACCGGACGACUACGACAUAGCGGCUGCCUUAUGCCCUUUACUCCUCAAACAAGCCAAAGCCGAUGAUGCUCUACUUCUCUACAGUAUCCUAUCAACACCGCUCAUGGCAUUGAAGAAACGUGGUUUCAACGUCGAUCGAAUACUCAAUCAACAAAGAGAAGAAAGACUUCGUCUACAAGCUGAACGUAUCCGUGAUUUAGAGAAAGAAAAACAAUCAGAGGUUAUCAUUGAUGACGGAGUAUCAGAAACCUCUACCAGUACAGCAGUCGAUGGUGAGAAAGAUACGAAAGGUGUUAAAAGCCUGUAUGAUAAACUUCGUAAUCGGGGUUUUGGUUCAUUAUCAUCCUCCAUGCCAUCUCAUGGCAGUGGCUCGUCACAUCCCCCAACAGCAAUCUCCAACAUCUUACGAGACCUCACAGCGGGACAUGGAAGCGGAAGCGGUGGUUUGGUUACCGGGUCAGGUGUUGGCCAAACGACCAAACGACCUACAGACUUGCAAAGCAUUAGGAACACGGUGCAAAAGGCUGUGGAUGCUUCAAGACCGGAGAUGGGGACACAAAUCAGUGAUUCUAGACAAGCGGUGAGAGAUGUUUCGGAGAGUCAGAAUGAAUAUUGUGAUACUAGCGCAGGAGCGGAUUUAGUUUUGGCUGUUGAUUUGGGUGCAGCAGGAUUGAGGAUGUGGGUUCCGAGGGAUGAACCGGAUCACGCUUCUUACCUCUCGGACAAACUAGGCAUCUCACAAAGGUUCGCUCGGGACAUUUUACUCCCCAUCGGUCAAGUUUACAAACUCGCUCCUCAAGUGUUGAACGUAUUUUGGGAUAGAGAAGGUCCCUUGAUCGCUUUCAAUAGAGGAGGAACCAUUUUCUGUAAUGCCCGAUAUUAUUCUGCGUGGCACGAUACACAAUGCAUUCAAGGGAACAAAAAUGACGCUUUCAUAUCUUGGUAUUUCUCCAUAGCUCACGAAUUAGCUCAUAACCUUGAAUCCGCACAUAACGCAUCACACGAGUUUUAUUUCUCCAGUAUCGCAGAAGAGUUUUUAAUACGUUUCGCCACACUUCUCACACCUUGA